AUGCGGCCGCAAUUUUCCGUCCGCGCAGUCACGGAGUCGAAGAGCAGCAACAUUUUAGCCAUUGCUGGCCCUCACUCGCCCAACAUGCAGAAGGUCAUCCAAAGGACGGCCUCGGCCAGGAAGCAGGUCCAGAAGAAGCUCUUCCGGGCCAAGCAACAGGAGGAAAUGAUGGAUCGCAGGGAGACAACCCGAUCGCGCAAGGAAUACAACCGAGCCAUGAUCGACAAUCUCAAGGAAGCUCGUCACGCCCGCUGGGAGGACUGGCAGAAGGGUGAUCUGGCUCCGAAGCGUGACACGGGGUUGGAAGCUUCAACUUACGGCGCCGUUAAUGCUGCCCUGAUGCACCCACCGCGGAUUCCGAAACACCUCCGCCGAAAGCACAUCCUCUUCGCACCUGGAGAUCGAGUCUGCGUGAUCCGUGGUCGGGAUCAGGGCAAGAUUGAAGAGGUCGCUCAGGUCAACGAAGAAAGCGAGACCUUGCUGAUCAAGAACGUCAAUGAAGCCGAUAUCAAUGUCCCCGAGUGGGCUAAGGCUUCGAUGGGAAUCAAAAGCGAUGUCCUUGCCCAGAACAUCCCGGUGCCAAUGGACGACGUCCGACUCGUCUUCGCCAUGACCGAUGGUAAUACCACCAAAGACUACCUUGUACAACACGCCCAUGCCGGAGGGCCUUCCGUCGAGCGACCCUCUUGGAGCAAAGUGCCCAAAUACACUCGAUACGUCUCCGGUCUGAAAAUUCGCAUUCCUUGGCCUACCGAGGAGGAACCACAGUAUGAAGACGGAGCACUCGACACGACACGAAUGGAAGUCGAAGAGAACACCUGGGUGCCUUCACUGGAGAACCCGCCUUUCCCCUCCACCAUCAUUGACGAACUGCGCAACAAGUACUCUCGAUUCCGAACACGCCACGACGAGGAAUACGUGCGGAAGAAGGUCCUUGAAGAAUACCGCCAGGAAUAUCUUACUCAACAGGCUAUCUUGACGCCCGCUGGCGAAUUGAAGAAGAUGAAGGUUGAGCAGAGCAUCCAAGCAAGACAGGCGCGCACGGAUGAGAAUGGCAACAUGAUCUUGGAUUCGGAGACCACCAACUUCAUUGAGCGCUUCAUGAGCCAGAAUGCGGCCCCCAAGCCAAGCAAGAAGGCAGGCCAGGCCAAGCAGACCGCGUAA